UAGGCCACAGGGGCUGGCCCCACAAAUUUUUUUAUUGACAAAAUUCAAAACUUUAUUUAUGGGCACUGAAAUGUGAAUUUCAUAUAAUUUUCAAGUUAUGAAUUAUUGUUCUCCUUUUGAUAUGUUGUCAAUUAUUGAAAAAAUGUUAAAAACCAGUCUUAGUUCAUGGGCCAUACGAAAAAUAGGCUACAAACUGGAUUUGGCCUGCAGGGUCACAGUUUGCUGAUCCCUGCCAACACUCAGAGACCAUUAUACCCUACUGUCUCUCAGUCGACACAAUUAUAUGACUUGAAAAAAAACUGAUGCUGCCAAAUCUUAUACAAGAAUUCGUUGGUACCACAUAAAUCUCCCAAUGGAUUCUCUGGGGAAAAAAUCCUGCCUUUCUUGACAGAGAUCUCUCUGCAUAUACCCCCAAUAAUAUUCUUACUCCUAAAAGCCUUCAAACAGAACUGUUACUUACUGAAAUCAAUCAAAUCAUCUCCUCCCUUGCCAUUUUUCUGCUUACCUCUCUGAAGAAUAUCUAAUGUAUCUAAUGUGUAAUUCUACCAAAGCAUUGGUCUCUGAACUAAUCACAGUAAAAAGGACGAUUAUUUCUGCAUCAGGAGACAAAAAGAGCACAAGGGGGAGGUGUUGCAAGUGGUCACAGGAAAAUGAACUGUAGGAAGGGCAUCUGAUGAGGAACUGGGAAAGAAGGGGAUCCAUCCUCAGAGUACCCUCAUGAACUGGGAAGAGAAGGCCUAGAGACCAGGUAAAUGGUUAAGUCACUAUUUGGCAGGGCAUUUCAGAUGAAGUUGUUCUCUAUCCUGAAAAACAACAAUGCAUUUCAUAAAGACAAAGUUCAAAAUGACCUCUAGCUUAGCUUUGAGAUGUGCAACUGCAAUGCUUUUCUCCUCUCAUGGCCCUUUUUUUGGAAUAAAGCAAAACUUGGAAGGAAAAGGGAAUUAUGACAUAGCAGGCCUUUCUUGGAGCCCAGACAGGGUAAAUAAGAAGACAUUCUUCAUCACUAGCAAGCCUCCAGCAUCCAUAUUAAACAGACCCAGAUGAAGGGUGAGGAAGACUGGAAUACUGUUGACUCUUCCCUGUAUCAUACAGAAAAGUUAGGUUCACUGAAGCCUGGGACUGGAAUCUGUUUCUAUGUUCACAGCAGUUUCCUGUCGACAGAGCUAUGGAAAUGCUGUGCAUCUGCAAUAUGCAGCUUGCCCCCAAAGAGCUUCCAAAAGGAAUCUUUGGGGGAAGGAAUCCUACUCUUUGUCCCUCAAUAUCACGUCUUCCAAGGACCCUGCCCUGGGGGCAAUUCCAGCCCUAAAAUCACCAUUAACAAACACAAGCUUGUGCUUUUUAAAUUGGGACCUUCAUUCUAGGUCCCAAAUACUCAACUUCCCUUUGACAGCCAUUUUGUGCAGCUAACAUUUCUGUGCAGCCUGGUUAUAAGGUGAAAUGACAGAGGCAGUGAAAAAAAACCCACUGCAACAAAUUGCAAGAAACCAUGGAAUUUAGGAUUAGCUCCACAACAGGAUCCACUUAAUGUACUGCAUGCCCACUGCGUAUUAAGCACUAGGCUGGACAACGGAUGCAGGGCAACAGAGGCCACGCUCUAGAACAGGAGGCCUCUGUGGUUAACAAGAGACUCAGAGUCUUUGAUAGGCAGAGAUCGAGUCACACAGGGAUCUUGUCCACAGAUUCCUCAGCCCCAGAACUGCAAAGAUGAAGCCCCACUCUCCUAAAAGUAAAAAAAGCUACAUUACGCCAAUUUUGAUCAGUCCCCAGUCGUCACAACAGCGCUGUCACAGGAUCACACGGUCACACUAUGACGCGCUCUACAGUCACAGUAGACCACGGGCAUCCAAAGGCCCCGCCCCCACUCAUGGUCCCAGGACCCUAAUCGGGACCAGUCAGGGCCUCCCCACCACAUAAACACACACACAUACUCUCUCAUCAGCAUAUUCCACACUGACGCCGUCAUCCAAUCGCACCUACACCCGCGAUCACCUUCCUCAGCAGAGGCUGAGACUCCUGCCUCCACUUGCCCAUCGGCACCUGGGAAACUCCGCCCGACCUGCGGUGAGCUAGCUCUUCCCGCACCCAGACCUGGGUCCCUUCAACUCGCCACACGGAAAACGAUGACCGCAGGGCUAGCGGAAAACGAAGCAGAGGUCGAAGGUCCUUAACUCUCCCAGGGCUUGCGAGAAGCCUAGUCGCAGCCGCAGAAGCGGGGACGCUGACACAAACAUAAAGCGCCGGCAGCCGGGACGGCGCCGCUCCUGGCCGGCCGCCCCGCAGACUCCUGGGAGCUCGGGCCUCGCGGGAGUGCGCAGGCGCAGACGACCGACCGUGGCCGGGGAUUCUUCCCUGUUCCAAAAGAAGAGCUCAAAAGAGAAGGUUCAUCUCUUGUAAAUCUCAAAGCCAUGCCUCAGGGAUCAGUGUCGUUCAAGGAUGUGACUGUGGACUUCUCCCAGGAGGAGUGGCAGCAACUGGACCCUGCUCAGAAGACCCUCUACAGGGAUGUCAUGUUGGAAAACUAUUGCCACCUCAUCUCUGUGGGGUUUCACAUGAGUAAGCCCGAUAUGAUCCGCAAGUUGGAACAAGGAGAAGAACUAUGGACAACAGAGAGAAUUUUUCCAAGUCAGAGCUACCUAGAAGAAGAUGGGAAAGCUGAAGAUGUUUUAGUGAAGUUCAGAGAAUACCAAGACAGGCAUUCUAGAUCAGUUUUCAUCAACCACAAAAGACUAAUAAAGGAAAGAAGUAAUAUUUUUGGGAAAACACUUACUGUAGGCAAGAACCAUAUUAUUUCCAAAACAACACUACGUGAAUACAAACCUGAUGGAAAGGUUUUGAAAAAUAUUUCAGAAUUAGUCUAUAGAAAUAUAAGCCCUGUAAGAGAGAAGUUUGGUGACAGUAAUGGAUGGGAGAAGUCACUCCUCAAUGCUAAGCAUGAGAAAAUUCAUACUGCAGUGAAUAUCUAUAAACAAACAGAAAGAAGUCUGAGUAGUAAACAAGAGCUUAUUCAGCAUCAGAAGCUUCAAACUCCAGAGCAGUCAUUUGAACAUAAUGACUAUGAAAAAUCCUUCUUUAUGAAAGGAAUGUUAUUUACACAUACUAGAGCUCACAGAGGAGAAAAACCCUUUGAAUACAAUAAAGAUGGAAUAGCCUUCAUUGAAAAGUCAAACCUCAGUGUCCAUCCACAAAAUCUUAUGGAGAAGAAGCCCCAUGCAUAUAGCAAAUAUGGGAAAUUCCUCUGCAGGAAGUCAAUUUUUAUUAUGCAUCAGAAAUCUCAAACAGAAGAGAAACCAUUUCAGUGUCCUUACUGUGGGAAUAGCUUUAGAAGGAAGUCAUAUCUCAUUGAACAUCAGCGAAUUCACACAGGUGAAAAACCUUAUGUUUGCAAUCAAUGUGGAAAAGCCUUCCGUCAAAAGACAGCCCUCACUCUUCAUGAGAAAACACAUAUAGAAGGGAAACCCUACAUUUGUAUGGAUUGUGGGAAGUCCUUCCGCCAGAAGGCAACCCUUACUAGACAUCACAAAACACAUACAGGGGAGAAAGCCUAUGAAUGUACUCAGUGUGGAAGUGCUUUUAGAAAGAAGUCAUACCUCAUUGAUCAUCAGAGAACUCACACAGGAGAGAAACCAUAUCAAUGUAAUGAAUGUGGGAAGGCAUUUAUCCAGAAGACAACCCUCACCGUACAUCAGAGAACUCACACAGGAGAGAAACCCUAUAUUUGUAAUGAAUGUGGGAAGUCCUUCUGCCAAAAGACAACCCUCACUCUCCAUCAAAGAAUUCAUACAGGGGAAAAACCUUAUAUUUGUAAUGAAUGUGGGAAGUCCUUCCGCCAGAAGGCAAUCCUCACUGUUCAUCAGAGAAUACAUACAGGAGAAAAAUCCAAUGGAUGUUCUCAGUGUGGGAAAGCCUUUAGUAGGAAAUCAAACCUCAUUCGCCAUCAGAAAACUCACACAGGAGAGAAACCAUAUGAAUGCAAAAACUGUGGGAAGUUCUUCAGUUGUAAGUCAAACCUCAUUGUCCAUCAGAAAAUUCACAAGGUAGAAACCAUGGGAAUUCAGUAAAGGAUGUGACUUUUUUUGUAAAAACUUUUAAAGUCAUAGUAAACCCUGUACAUGAUGUUGCUUGCAAGUCUAAUAGUAUUCAACAGUUUAAGGUACUAUACCACAUAUUUACCUACUGUUUGCUAGCCUAUAAAACACACACGAAAAUUUACUAGACAAAUGAAAUGACAAGAGUCAUUGAAAAUACAAGCUCCAAUUUUUUAUUAGAUUCAGCAGACAUAAACUUCCUCUGUCAAGUUGCUACAAACAUUUAAAAUUGCUUAUUUUCAUUUUCAAUGCCUACCUUCUUGUGAACCAGUAAUAAACAGUUGGCUGACUGGCAUUAGUCCAGGGACCACACUGUGAGAAGUGCUUUAAAAGAAAGGAGGUGUGAACUGUAUUUCUUAUUGCAAAUAUGGAAUAAAAAUUAGUUGUUACCUCCUCAAAGUUAACCACAGGUCUGACUUCUAACAUUAUAAAUUAGUUUUUGCAUAUUAUAAACCUUUAUAUAAAUUGGAUUAUACAUCAGAUAUUCUUUCAUAUAUGGCUUGUUUCAUUCAUAAUUAUGUCUCCAAAACUCAUCAUUAGUGCAUGUGGUGGAAGUUAAUUUAUUUUCAUUCUGUAUAGAAUUCCGUUAUAUGAUUAUAUCACAAUUUAUCCAAUUUACUAUUAAUGGACUUUUUCAUUGUUUACAGCUUAGGGUCAUAAUAAAUAAUGCUUCUGUGAACAUAUUUGUUUU